AACCCCAAACUCACAAUCCAUCGCUCCCCCGUCCACCCUCCUCCUUGGCAACCACAGGUCUGAUGUCACAUCCCGAUAUCUGUCGGUACCCAGGUCCUCUUCUAGAGUUUGUAUUCUGUGCCAUCAAGCUGCUUAUGUAACUUUACUCCCUGUUUUAGAUUUUGAAGCUGUACGCUAUGUUGAAUCUUUAUAGCACCGUGGUUAAGAGUGUGGACUCUGAAACAGGUCCCCCGGGUUUCUAUCUUAGCUCUCCCCUUCCCUCAGACCGCGAAGUACGGUAACGCUAAGCUCCUGGCCCUGCUGAAUCUGCUUGGCUACCGGUGGCCUCCCUCCACCCACAGCAAAGCUGGUUUGGCCUGGUACCUGGGACCCCUAGGGAUCCUCCUUGGAGAACAGACUUGGAGAGAAGAUGCUCCAAGGAGGCAGGGAUGUUGGGGUGAAAAAGGAGGGGGAAGAACUGAACUGUUCUUCCCACUUCAGCGCGAAUCGUUAGGUUUCAAAGCUCUUGGGAAGCGGGAGUGCGGGGGAAGGAGGCUCCCUUCAGAGAGAGGCCAAGAGACACCCCCCCCCCCCCCCAGAUGGGAGCAUCUCCAGGGCAAAUUGCCUAAAUCACCUUCCGGCUACAGUGAAAUGUUAAAGCCAUGGUGGCUCCCACUGACCCUCGCAUCUCGUCCUCCCGUCGCGCGCCCAGGCUGCCCGUCACCCCCACCCCCAAGCGCUCGCAGAAGCGACCGCUCUUGGGUCUUAACCAGACUCGCGCGUCAGUGACGGGUAGGUAAAGCGGGGUGCGGUAGUCCUGGUCCCUCUCCCGGAGUCCGGCUUCCGUUCCCCGGGUUCCCACCCCUCCGCCUCUGGACGAAGACCUCGGAGCUUCCCCUCCCAUCUCCCUUUCUUUCUAGGAAUUGAGGGAUCCGGGCCGCCCCCGGCGGGCGGAAAGGGCGGGGUAGUUGUAGACAACCAGAGGAACCGCAGUCCCGUGGUCCUCUCGCUGCCUCCCCGCUCCACCCCCUUCUCUCCCCUCCAUCGGUUUCGGAAGGGCCCACCCUGGAGACAACUACUUCCCCUGCCGGGGAUGGGGGCUGAGGCCGGUGGGGUUCGGAUGCGGUAGGCGCGUCCUUCACUGGCCGGCGGCUCCGAGGUGGCCUCCUGGUACUCUCCCGUCUCGAUCAAAGAGUUUCUUAGCUGGCUCUCAAACAGGCUGUCGCUCCUUUGUUUCUCCGAGGGCCUGGCGGAGAGUAGACAAAGCAGGGGACACGGAGGCCAAGAAACAUCAGGUGCACAGAUCCUGACUGGGUCUGACUGGUGACAGAGACUAUUAUCUGAGGCGGGUGCACCCUGGGCUGACACUUCCCUGGGGUGAAAGGAGAGGGAGCAUCCCCAACCGGCAACCAAGUAAAUUGCAGAUUCCCUCAGGAGUUAGUGGCCUAUAAGAAGAAAGUCAUGGAGUCCCUUGAAGAAAUAUCAGAGGAAGAGGUCCCCAAAGAACACCAGACUUCCUCGACCCCAUCCUGGAAGCUCUCGGCCAAGGAGAUUCUGGCCGCCAAGACCCAAAACUACUUUGCUCAGACUAAAAGAACCGAGAAUGUCUUGGUCCAGGUGGCCUUCUCCGUUGGGCUAAGCAGCAUAUGGCGUUUCCCAUACCUGUGUCAUCGGAAUGGAGGCGGCAGCUUCAUCCUGAUGUACUUCUUCAUGCUGCUCCUGUUCGGGAUUCCCCUCUUGUACAUGGAGAUGAUCAUGGGGAAGUGGCUGCGUGUGGACAACAUCCGGGUCUGGAAGCAGCUUGUCCCCUGGCUGGGUGGCAUCGGCUACGCGGGCUUACUGGUGAAUGAGGGGCGGGGGCCAAGAGGCAUCCUCGCUCACCCCCCGCGGUCUCCAGGUUUCCUGUCUCCACCCGCCCAUCCCGCCCCUCAGGCCCCAUGUGUCCACCCCCAGGUGUGCACCUUAGUGAGCCUGUAUAACAGCAGCAUCAUCACCUGGAGCCUCUCCUAUUUGGGCAACUCCUUUGAUCAUCCCCUGCCCUGGAACCAGUGCCCACCGAUGAAGAGCACCAACGUCACCGAUGUCACCUGCCUUCGGACGGUGUCCCACCAAUACUUCUGGUACCACAACACCCUGAAUGCCUCCAACAACAUUGAAGAAGGGUUCGAGGUCCUCGUCCUGAAUCUCAGUCUGGGCAUUUUUGCGGUCUGGCUCCUCCUCUUCUUAAUCUUGGUUACAGGGCUCAAGAUGUCAAUGCAGAUGCUGGUGUUCUCAGUAUUACUUCCCUACAUCACCCUCUUCUGCUUCCUCAUCCGAGGGCUCCUUUUGGAAGGUGCCACCACCAGCCUCAGACGUAUGGUGACCACAGAGCUCUCGGCCUGGGCCUCGCUGGACCUGUGGUGUCAGGCAGGAGGCCACGUGCUCUACUCUCUGGGCCUGGGCAUGGGCACUAUCAUCUUAUUCUCCUACGACGCUGGAGGUGACAACUAUGCCCAGGUGGCCUCUCUGGUGGCCCUGGUCAACCUGGUGACCUCAUUGCUGACCACAUCCAUCAUCUUUAUGGUGCUGGGGUUCUGGACCACCACCAGUGGCCACGCCUGUGUCAAGCAGAGCGUCUCCAAGCUGAUGAAACUAAUAGAACAGGGGGUGCUGUCUCAGGAUGCCACGCCCCCGGAAGACAUCCUGCUCCUGCCCUCCCUGGACUACCUGGACUGGAUCAGCAGCCUCCCAGACCACCUCCAGCACCAGAUCGUCUACUUUUCCCCCUCCUGCAGCAUCAAGGCACAGAAGGAGAAGUUCAUGGAGGGCCCCGGCCUGGCCUUUGCAGCCUUCUCACAGAUCAUCUCGUUGUUCCCUGGUGCCUCUUUCUGGGCCAUCCUCUUCUUCAUGGGCCUGCUCAUCAUAGGGCUGAGCACCUUGAUAAAGCUCUUGGAAGGCAUCGUCUCUCCCAUUCAGAACUCCAUCUCCAUCUUCAGGGAUUAUCCCAGGAUGCUCUCAGGUAUGGGGCUCCUCACCCCAGUGACCACCUUGCCCUGGCACCCCUCCUCACCAGGCCACCCCCAGUCUCCAGGGCUCACUUUGACCCCUGACCCAGCCCUACACACAGACCUCAGUGGGGCCAAACCUGCCUCUGCCUUAGCCAUCGUCUGCUUGGGAGGUUUUCUGGGCAGCCUCGUCUUCACCAGUCGUGCUGGCAGCUACGUCAUGUCAUUGUUUGACGACUACCUGGUCCCAAUAAGCAUCAUCAUCGUUGUGGCCUUCCAGAACAUGGCCCUGGUCUGGAUCUACGGAGCUAGGAGGUUCCGGGAAGAGCUGUUCAGUGAGCUAGGCCACCCUCUGUGGCCCUUCCCCACAUUCCUGUGGUGCUACGUGACGCUGCCGGGGCUGCUGGCCCUCCUUGCCCUCUGCCUGGUGCAGUUCUACCAGAGCACACACCUCUACUAUAUCGCCUGGGACAGCAGUGCGAGCCAGGAAGUAAAACAGCCCUACCUGCAGAGGACUCUGGGCUGGGUCACCUUUCUCAGCAUCCUCACCUUUCUGCCAAUCCCAAUCCACCCACUUCGCCAGUGGUGGUGCCUCCCGGACUGUAUGGCCCCUGAUCCCUUAGAAAAUCUAAUGUCCAAGAAGAUGACCUUGGUGUCCCCCCAGCCAGUACAGUGGCCUAAGCACCACUCAAAGUCCACCUUCACAGAGAGAAAAAGCGACAUGUCAUCAAGAGGCUUAAGUCUGCCCUCAUUCAGGGGGCCGAACUGGGGCUCCUGGCACUUCAGCCCGGCCUCAAGUAGGAGUGGGAGUUCUUCCUGGUUCAGCCUGCCUCUCCCGGCCUCUGUGACAUCGGCCUUGUCCAUUAGGAGUGCCAGCCUCCCUGCCUCCAGGCAGGUGAGCCCAGUCUCAACAGCCAUAGACAACAGCAACGAGGGCAGGGAGGCCAAGGAAGAAAAUGCGAAAGAGAAAUCUAGUCAGUAACUAGAACACCACUGGGUUUUUCCCAAGGCAGCAAACCUGGCCGAUAACUGGCAGCAUUAGUGACUGUUUGGCUACAGAAAUAGUUGGUUCUGCCAGCAAGGGGCGGGGGGAGAACAGGAAAAACUUGCCUAGCAACCGAUAAUCACUCACCUGACCUUGGAAGGAAGUGGUCCGCCUAGGAGCGCCUUCCUCCCCUGGAAUGGUACCGUCUCAGCGACGUGGAGCGCUGCUCUGGAACAGCGGAACUCAGAAGGAGCAAUCUUUGCAGCUGCUCAUGGGACUGGCCCUGGUGCCCUCUUCCUCCUUGCGAAGUGGGCACCAUUUUGCUCGGAUGGGAUGGGCGUCACAGCACCUUCCAAGACCCAACCUUCCCAGUUAUCCUGGAGAUGGAUAGUGUGUUCUCUCCAACUUCCCACAUCCGUCACCAAACUGGAUCAGUAGGGUGGCUCACUUCUCCGGGGCAGUCCUCUCAGAAUGAGGCUGAGAUGACAGGGCCAUGGGUCAAUAAAUGGGUCCAUUGGGACCCCACGCACAGUGUUCUUCUGGUGAGCAGCUCAGGCAUCAACCUCCUCCGACACACGUACCCUCCAGACCGCCAGCCUCUGGCAAACCAAGCGUCUAAUCUGGCGACCCCAAUUUCCCCCUCCCUUUGAGACCCCUCCUUGUCUGGGAGUUGAGCUAAACUGUGGGGGAACAACUUUGCAGCUCUCUGUCACUCAGAUCUAGAAAGUGUGUUAAUCCCUAAAUCUAAAUCCGUCAUUGGUGACCAUACUCAGCCUAUCCCAUAACUCUGAUCUCACUGCUCCUACCAGGAGGGAGUGUGCCUGGAACAUCUAGAUCCUCUCCAGCAGGCCAGCGGGCCUCCCUCCCACCUGGGUAGGGUUCCUCAGCCACUUGGGCAUGGGAGGUGGGUUGCCUGGUUUCCAUGGGCUCAGGACCAGGGAAUCUGGAGAACCCGGGCUCUGUUAGGGUUGUCUCGGGAGUACCUAACGCUCUGCCUCUCUGAAUGUCAAACAGUUACAGCAACAUGGGUGGAGGACUGAAGCCCCUUCUAGAAGCUGUACCUCUUAGUGACUUCCUGGGCAAAAACUCUUCUCUCCUGCCCCCUACCCCCAAAGGUCAUGACCUUGAGAAUCCAUGCCAGCUCCCCUUAUCACCCACUCUGGUUCCCAGUCGCUUCUUGAAGCUUCACCUACUUUUUCACAGCUUUCAUUUACCUCAAAGUCCUCUAAACAUCUUUUAUCACAUUCCCCAUCAGUGACAACUUUUGAAAAAAAUACCGUCAACAUAUGUAGCAAAUUUACCUGUGAACUGACAUGCUACAUACUUGAUAUCAGUAAAGUUUCAUUUGUUUUGCUUAUUGAUUUUUUACU